UUGUAUUCAAUGCAGUAGCUACAUUUUCCCACCCACCAAACAAAAUAAUAAUAAUCUCUCUCUCUCUCCAAUCCCACAUGGCCCUAACCCUUUCUUCACCAUCAGAUGUCAACCGCCGCCAUCACCACCGUCUUUCCUCCUCCUCCGCCUCCCGUCCCUAUCCCUACUUAUAUAACUAGCCUUGGUUUUGGCUACUCCAUAGCCAUAGCUCUUGGCUUCCUCCUUCUUAUCUCCACAAUCAUCCUCUCUUCCUACAUCUGUUGCCGCGCCUCCCGCCUCCGCUUUUCUGCCUCCGGCGCAAACGGAGACUCUUCUUUCGGUUUCGGUAACCGUAGCAUAAUCGUCCCAAGAAUCAUAUUCGUAGCCGAAGACGCCGAUCUAGAGUCAGCUGUUUCUGGUAACGUCGUUGUAGGUGGACUUGAUCAACCGAUCAUCAACUCUUACCCUAAAUUCCCUUACACUAAAGGUAUCGUCGUUGCCGCAUCCGGUGAUGCAUUUCAAGGCGGAGACGGGGAAGGAGGAGAUACAACGUGUUCUAUAUGUUUAUGUGAGUAUAUGGAAGAAGAGAUGUUAAGGAUGAUGCCCGAGUGUAGACACUAUUUCCAUGUUUCUUGUCUUGACGCUUGGCUUAAGCUCAAUGGAUCCUGUCCCGUUUGCCGUAAUUCUCCACUUCCGACGCCGCAAUCGACGCCUCAGUCGACUCCAUUGUCGGAAGUUGUGCCGUUGUCUCAAUACGCCGCCGAUCGGAGAAGAAGAUAAUAUUUUUAUUUAUUUGUACGUUGCACUUUUUAUUAGUAUAUAUUUAUCUUUCUUGGAACGAUAUCAUGCUAUACAGUUAAUUCAUUGAUUUGCUUUACA